AUGAGACCGCCGGUGGAAGAAAAUCCCUCUUAUCUCGCGGUCGAUUAUUCGGAUGACGAUGUCAUCCUGUACAUGGACGGUUCCGUCAAGGCCGGGACGUUGCAGGCGUUGGUUGAACGCUUGACACUGCAUGAUCACCACUCCUUCAAUGCAACGUUCCUCAUGACAUAUCGAUCGUUCGCGACUGGAGUCGAGAUUGUCGAUCGCCUCGCCCGACGGUACAGUAUACAACCGCCGGCUGGUCUCACUCCGGACCAGGUCAGGGACUGGCAGACCAGGAAACAAAAGCCGGUCAAGCUGAGAGUCUUUAAUAUCUUCAAGACUUGGCUCGACCAGUACUUCAACGAGGAAGAGGAUCCCGAGGUGCUCAACAAGAUUGAAACGUUCGCGGAGGAAGUGCUCGCCCGAGACAUUCAGGUCAAGAUGCCGUAUCAAGUGCUUUUGAGAGCGGUACAGCGUCGGAGAACCGUUGGUGACAUCGGCGCUCGACGGUUGACAGUCACGACUGCUCAACCCCCACCUCCAAUCGUUCCCAAAAUCAACUCGUCCCGGGGCGUCCAGUUGCUCGAUAUCGACCCGGAAGAGCUUGCUCGUCAGCUGGCGAUCUUCGAGGCCAAUCUGUACAACCGCAUCAAACCCGUCGACUGCCUCGACACGGCUUGGUCCAGGAGCAACCGCGAGGACGGCGCGAAUAUCAAGGCGAUGAUUUUGACCAGCAACAGGAUGGCAGCCUGGGUCGCUCAGGCCAUUUUGACCCAUAUCGACGCCAAGAAGCGAGCCCAGGUGAUGAAGUAUUUCCUCCAGGUUGCCGAUCACUGCCGCCGGUUCAACAACUUUUCCACCAUGUUCGCCAUCAUGGCGGGCGCCGACUCGACACCAAUCAACCGGCUGAAACGGACCAAAGAUAACCUGAGCACCAAGUCGCAAGCGUUGUGGGAAUCCUUGGACAAGACGUUGGACAUUGGCAGGAAAUAUGCGGGAUAUCGGGAACUAUUGAAACGGAUCAACCCGCCUUGUAUUCCGUUUCUAGGCGCCUACCUGACAUUUCUCACGGCGAUCGAAGAGGGCAACGCCAACAUGUUGCCCUGCCCGACAGACCCUACUCGCAAGCUCAUCCACUUUGCCAAACGCCAGAAAUGCGCCGACGUCAUUCGAGAGAUCCAACAGUAUCAAGCGACGCCUUAUACAUUCAUCAGCUUGCCGGUCGUGCAGACGUUUGUCAGGGAACGAUUGGAAAACGUCGAGAACGGGCCGGACGCUUACGAGUUGAGCUUGAAGUUGGAACCCCGGGAACGGGAAGACGAGAAGAUGUGA